GAAAAUAUAGAAGGGAAGAAGAAGAGAAAGCGGGAAAAGAAGGAGAAAAACAAAACAAAGCAAAGCAAGCAUUUGACUGCUAAAACCCUAUUCUCAUGGCUUCCUUCCCUCCUCUCGGUUCACUCACUCUCUGCGAACUCAAUCGCGACCUAAUCACCGUCGACGCUCUCUCCGACGAUCGAGCCAACAGCGCUUACGGAAAACUUCUCGGAUUGGUCUUCAGCCCCGUGCCAUUUCACCCUCUCGACACCACCGACGAUGCUCCCGAACAGGAAGAUGGAACUACUGCAACCGCAACCGCAACCGCCGCGGAAAUCGUUCCGAGGAAAGGCCCCGCGGCGAUCUUGCAAGGAUUCGUCAAUGACUGCCUCAGGCGCCUCUUUUACCCUAACGAUGUGCAUUUGUUGCCGGAGGUUAAUCUUCAAGGAGUAAGCUGGCACCUGAAUAAGCAUAUAAUUGCUUUUAUAUCUGGGCCAAAUCAAGUUCUCGUCCGUGAUUAUGAGGAUUCGGAGGGGAAGGAUCCAGUUGUUUUGACCAGCGAGUCUCAGCGAGAUGUUAGGGUGCUAGAGUGGAGGCCCAAUGGCGGGAGGAUGCUUGCCGUGGGUUGCAAGAGUGGAAUUUGCAUAUGGGCUGCUUCUUAUCCUGGGAAUGCGGCAUCUGUUAGAUCUGGUGCUACUUCCUUCCUGGGAGGUUUAUCUAGAGGGUCAGGAAUUCGGUACAUCCUGGUUGAUUUUCUUCGGAGUCAAAAUGAUGAGCAUGUUAGCGCACUUACAUGGAGUCCAGAUGGAAGAUACUUAGCCACUGCUUCAUAUGAGAGCUCCUCGUUCACUGUGUGGGAUGUUGCUCAAGGUGUGGGGACUCCCAUCCGACGGGGAUUGGGAGGCAUAUCAAUGCUAAAGUGGUCACCUACUGGAGAUUACUUCUUUGCUUCAAAAUUCGAUGGAACAUUUUAUCUUUGGGAGACGAACACAUGGACAUCAGAACAAUGGUCAUCAUCUAGUGGUUUUGUUAAGUGUGCAACAUGGGAUCCAGAUGGGGGAAUGAUACUGCUUGCAUUUUCUGAAUCAUCAACUUUGGGAUCUGUUCAUUUUGCAUCGAAGCCUCCCUCAUUAGAUGCACAUCUGUUACCUGUUGAAUUGCCUGAGAUACUAUCGUUGACAGGCAGCCAGGGAAUUGAAAAGAUAGCAUGGGAUAAUUCAGGGGAGCGAUUAGCUGUAUCUUUUAAAGGUGGAGAUGAAAUGUACAGGGGUCUGAUCGCCGUAUAUGAUACAAGAAGGACUCCUCUGAUAUCUACAUCCUUAAUUGGAUUUAUAAGAGGGCCUGGAGACAAUCCAAAGCCAAUCUCAUUUUCGUUUCACGGGAAGCUUAAACAGGGACCACUGCUUUCUGUGUGUUGGAGCAGUGGAUUUUGUUGCACUUACCCCCUCUUAUUUCGCUCUCAUAUGCUUUCAUAGCGAGGAGUCGAGGACGUCUUUGAAAUUUUGUUGUUUGUAUACAAUUUGGAGAUCUUAUAUCCAAUACUUCGGGCUUACAUUAUUUUUUUCAGCGAAAGUGUUAUUAUCUUAUGUUAUGUGUAUUUGAAUAUUGGCAUGGCUGGUGAUGUAUUUGUUCAGCAUGUCAGUUGACAAUUCAGAUGUAUCAAGUAAACAGGGCACACAGUCUGUCAAAAAGGAAAAGAGCAUGCAUCUACAAUGUAAAACUUCACAUUUGUUGGGUCUGAAAUGUAAUUUACCAUUUUUUUUGUA